AUGACACCAAUUAGAUCUAAAAAAAGAAAAUUUAAACAAAAACGUAAAAGUACAAAACCGCGAAUUCGGCCUUUAAAUGGUAAUUUUUUAAUUCAUGAAUUUUCUAAAGGAGAAAACAAGACUGAGGUUGAAAAAGUUUUUCAAAAAUACGAUACCAUAAAUUUAGGACUAAUGUCCCUUCCCAGUUGCUCAGGAGUACAAAACUCUUUUGAUGAUUUUAAACAUCUAAACAACAAAGAGUGCCUAAAUCAAACAAUAGACUUAUGCAUCGAUGAAGAUGAUCCAGGAACUUAUUCUGCUCAAUGUGAAGAUGAUAAGUCUGGACUAUCGAAUGACACUUCAGUUACCACUAAUUUUAAUAAUGAUAAUAAUGAUGAAAAUGAUGUUAUUAUAUUAAAAGAUUUAAGUCAUUCUUCUGUAAAAUGUGAUAAUAAUGAUCCAACUGUUAUAGAUAUAAGUGAUGACAGUGACAUUAUGGGUGCUCAAUUUUCAUGUAAAAAGUUAGAAAUAUGUAUUAAAUAUUUUAAAGAAAGAGGACACAAAGUAACAGCUUUUGUCCCUCAAUUUAGGAUAAGCAGCAGGAGAAGCGAUAAUCCUGAAAUUUUACAACAGUUGGUUAAAAACGGUGAUGUAAUUCUUACUCCUAGUAAAUAUGUCGAAGGAAAGAGUAUGACACCAUAUGAUGACAGGUUUAUUGUACAAACUGCUGUACUCAAAGGAGGUAUUAUAGUUACUAGAGACAAUUAUAGAGAUCUCCUAUCAGAAAAUCCAGCUUGGGCUGAAACAAUCAAUUAUAGAACUCUGGCUUACACUUGGGUGGAUGACGUUCUCAUGUUUCCAAAUGAUCCUCUAGGAGAGCAUGGACCAACUUUGGAUGAAUUUUUAAGGUUUCAAUAA